CUGGUGCUUUUGAGGAGGCACACUUUGGCAGCAUCCCUGACAUUACAGUCCUGCUCCCUACGCACUCCAAUCUGACCAUGGCUGCACAGCUUGCCGUAGCUCUGUUGGCCCUUACCUCCCUCUGCGUCGCAGCCGAGCUGGACUGUGACGAACUUGUCAAGCCUUUGGUUCUGGACAGCCACAGCCCUAUUUAUGGAAAAUGGGUGCUUCAUGCGGGGGCUUGGGACGAGCCCGGCCUGAAGAAUGAGUUGAUGACUGUGAAGAGCUCCUGGGUGGAUUUAUCCGCCUCCACAGAUACCGGAGUCAUGACCAUCUACUGGGCAGACCGCUUGAAGGGAACAACUGACGGCGAGGACAAGUGCCUUCAGGGAGUGGCCAACGGCACCAUCUCCGGCAUGACCAGCCACACAACAUUCAACAUCAACGGCCACACGUCCUACCACGAGGGCAAGUACUACGAGUCCUGCUCUGAGUGCCUUCUGUCCGAGGACACCACCCUCCUCCCCGACGGGGAGACCAAGGGCCGCUACCUCUUCCUCUUCACAAGGACCGGAGGACUUGAGCCGGCUGAGCUGGAGAAGUACAAGAAGCAGGCUGAGUGUCUGAAGUUCGUUCCUGAAUUAUUCUACGGAGGCACAGACCUUUGUGCUGACGAAAGGGAACCUGCUCAACCCGCUGAGGAAGUUGUUGAAGAUUCCCCUGCGCCUCCCGCUGCUGCUCCCGAGGAAGAGGAAGAGACCACCGCGCCUGAAGCUAAAUAGACAGCGUCAAUCCCCCCCCCCCCACCCCAAACAUGAAAAAUGAAUUAUUAGUGACUGAUACACCAUGACUCAUGAGAGCGUGUCAGUAAGAGUACAAUGGUAGUUAAAGGGGACAUAUCAUACGACCAGGUGUGAGUGUGAUUAGCCAUUACAAGCUGGUUUAAAAAUGUGCAGCAUUGUGACAUCACAGGUGGCCGUGUCCACCUAGAUGUGUGCUGGACAGAUCAGUCUACCAGCCUACCCAGUGGACUGUAGCAAACGUUGCUCAUCUAUCCGUUAUACAUCUAGGUGGACACGCCCACUUGUGAUGUCACAAUGCUGCACAUUUUGAAAACGGCUUAUAAUGGCAAAUCACACUCGCACCUGGUGGUAUGAUAUGUCCCCUUUAAGUUUGAGUAGUCCCCCAUAAUAGGUAACAGUAUAUAUUAAUAUUCUGUCUUAGUUUUGUUGGGCUAAUGCCAUGUUAAGACGAGGUAUUGAAAACGCUUGAAAAACACUGAUCGAUAAGUUGGGAGAGGUGUUUUGUUCAAACUGGUAUCUUACAAAUGUAUAUGCAGUAGUUGUGAUGUUCUGAAAGAUGACUUCUGUGGAUAAAUGUAGGAUUAUUACAGAUGCUCAUACAAUAAAGAAACAUUAUAUCCCGA